AUGUUGAUCCCUACGUUCUCUUCUUCAUGGACAAUGCCAAUUGAUACACAAUGCUCCUUAUUACAUCGUCUUAGUACAUUAGGAAUCGUGUAUACAAAAUUAUUGACCAAUGAGCUACUUGAAUUGGCGCCAUCCAUUCCUGCAUUCAAUCCAGCACCUGAGGAUUUGAUACUAAAGGCCUCACUAUUGGAUGUACGUGCGUUAUUAGGCCCAUUCUCAGCUGAAAUGCUUGAUGCAAUGGCCAUGUGGCUAGAUCAGGGUAUACAAAAGAUUCUAGUGGAUGCACCAUCCAGCGAUGACUCGGAAUUGGAGCGAGUGGCGAUGGCAGUGUCGGAAUUACCAGCCAGUCGAGUGAUGCUGCGUAUACCUUUAUCGUCGUCUUUUGACGUUAAUGAAGCUACAGAAAUGAAUGAGAAACUAUUGAGGCUGCAAAGUGUUGCAAGUGGCAUUGUAAUUGUGAUUGAUUUCAUGACAUUGAGCCAGAAUAACGAUGAAUUGAACGCUCUAGUUGCGAGUCUAGUCUCGUUAAGGAAGAGCAUGGAUGAAGGGUAUUUUCUUGCACUUGAGAUGAGUACAGGACGUGUGGAAGACUAUAAUGCUGACGUGGCAUUAGAUUGGAUCAAGACAUUGCAUGAUAGGAACAUACAUGUUGUCGCUUCAGGUUAUUGCUACGGAGAAGGAGAGAAGAAGAGUGAGGUGAUCAUGGUGCAAGAUGGAAAACCGGUUGUGGAUGCUGCAUUGUCGUUCGUGCGAUGUCUUCGAACGGAUCGUCCGGAUGGUUUAUUCACGACUGUUGUGGUAGAUGAAGCUGGUGUUGCUCUAGGACUAGUGUACUCCAGUGCCGAGAGCAUUAUGGUUGCUGUCGAGAGUGGAUGUGGUGUCUACUUUUCUCGAUCACGUGGUGGUCUCUGGAAGAAAGGAAAAAGCAGUGGCAACGCGCAGAAGCUGAUCCAAAUUGACACGGACUGCGACAGCGACGCGCUACGCUUUACUGUGAAUCAGACAGGCGCCGGCUUUUGUCACCUCAAUACCCGCACGUGCUGGGGUCACGAUAGCGGCCUUCGUGCCCUAGAGAGUAUGCUUUUCUGUCGCCAUGAGCAUGCACCUGCUGGGUCCUAUACAAAGCGGCUAUUCGACGAUGCAGAGCUGUUACGUAACAAGCUGGUCGAAGAGGCACAAGAACUUGCAGAAGCUGAAUCAAUAUCCGAUGUAGCUGGAGAGGCCGCCGAUGUCAUGUACUUUGCCAUGGUGCGUUGUGUCGCUGCGGGCUGCAAACUUAGCGACGUCGAGAAAAUGCUCGACAAGCGCGCUUUGAAGGUAAAGAGACGACCUGGCAACUCGAAAGCGUACCGCAUCUCAGCCGCCAACAAGAUAUUAAACAGCAAAGACAUGUACAUUGACUUUGACACCGCAUCAUCAAUUUCUGCAACAAGGAAUCAAAACUAG